AUGGCAAACCGACAAACAAUUUCCCUAUUUCGAAAUAUACUUCGUGAAGUGAAUCGUCAAUUCACAUCAAUAAAUAAAAAUACACUAUGGCGCGACGAAUUAUUUCAAGCGUUUCGUGAAAACAAAAAUGUCAAUGAUCCCAACAAACUUACAGGUUUGAUACGUGAUGCUGAGGAUGUGGUGACUUUUUUAAAAAGUAAACGGAAAUAUGGGGAAUUAAUUAACCUUUAUAAUCCAUCUAAUGAGAAUCGUAUCGAAAUGGCGGCAAAUCGUGUUGGUCUACGGUUGCCUAAUUCAUAUGACGGAAAAACGCACCAAAAUUUACCAGAUAAUAAAUUACAAUGA